GCUUCAUGUUUGACCUUGUUUAUGAAUCAUUGAAACAGUAGUUUCGUGUAAGUGAAACUGAAGACACGCCAUGGUUUUGUUAAAAAAUGCAGUGCUUUUGUUGGUUCUGUUGUGUGAAUCUUGCAAUUCAGAACACAAUUUUAUGAUUACUUCUGGUUGGUAUAAAGCAAAGAAGAAAAGUGAUAAAGUGGUAAUAAAAAAAGCGCACAGUCUUGGACCUGACGUUAUUCCGCGAGCAUCGACGUAUAUUAGGAUAGGCGGUACUGUACCUGUUUUACCAUCGGGAGCUAUUCAUGAUCUGGUGCAUUUAAUAGAUCUAAAAAUAACAUCUGCUGUAAUCGAAAAAGUUCAUGCAGGUGCCUUUCAGAACUUGCCUAAACUAUCGAAGCUCAAUCUACAAGAUAAUAUCAUUCAAGAUAUUCCGUUUGGAGUCUUCAACAAACUGAACAUAUCCGUAUUGUUCUUGAACAAAAAUGAAAUAUCUACAAUCGACAGUGAUGCUUUUGAUGAUAUGCCAAAUUUAACUAAAAUCAAACUGAAUUCCAACAAACUAUCGACAUGGAGCAGUGAGUGGUUCAAACGCACCCCCCGACUUGGCACAAUAUUAGUGCGAAGAAACGCCAUAGAAGAAGUGCAUAAAUAUGCCUUCAAAAACUUGGCAACUAAUGAAAUUAAAGCUUUGAAUAUUUACUUAAGCAAAAACCUGAUUAGGACUAUUCAUCCUCAAGCUUUCAGCGGUAUAGCGAAAUGGGGCGACGUUUUUCUGGACCGCAAUCAACUCACACAGUUAGAAGGGGAUAUUUUUGAAAACGUUCAAAGUAUCAGGAAACUGAAUUUAUCGAGAAACAAUAUCAGCGGUAUAUCGGACAAUCUCUUCAAAACUGUUAGAUCAGUAGAAAUGUUGGAUUUAACAGCCAAUCAUCGGUUAGAAUGUGUUCCAGUCAUAGUGGCCAAGCAGGUUCAGAAGCUGCAGCUAGAAAACAUCAGAAAACUAACAUGUGCAUGUGUGAGUGACUUGUCGAAUAUUACGAAGUUACUUGGUACUGAAAAGUGCUAAUAUAGUUAUAGCCGAGUUAAAGGUAAAUUGUCCUGACACAAUUUCCACAUAAAAUGUUGAAUAUAGCACGAUAUUUGCCUGCGGUUUAGGGGCCGUCUUGGCGGACUAAAUUGCAAUGGCUUCUUUUUUAAUUUUACUAGAUGAGGUGAGAAUUAGCUUAGAUUUAAAGAAUAACUGUAGUAUUUUAAUUUUAUCAAAAUGGGCAAAAUUACAUAUACCACUACUUUUUCAAAAUUUCACACCCCACAACGCCUGGCAAAUGUAUCUAAUAAAUUGUUGCAUUUUCAGAGCAUUUUUUAUUGCAAUAAUUUUCGUAUUCUAUUUAAACGCUUAAGUAAUUGCUGCGGAUACUGCAAUUAUUUUAAGCAAAGCAAAUUUCUUGGGCAGUUAAGUAUAAUUCAAGAUUAACCUAUUUAGCUUCGUGAUAGGUGGAAGUCCACACAUUUUUCAUUGGCUAGAAUUUGAAUUUAUUAAACCAUCUGUAUGUAAUAACUAAAAUCGCUUUUGAAUACAACUUUCUUCAUAAACAACUAGAAAAUAAUAGCUUCAUCAUUAUCGCCAAUACUUAUUAAAGUUGUCGAAGUCGUCUUCAUUACUUCGGUUCCAUUUUUUCGUGUUUUGAACAGUUUAACAUGCAAUUCAGUUCUGUCUUCAUUUCGGAAAAGUCUAUUGUUUUUUUUUGAGCAAAUUGCAGAUGUAGCUUAUCUUUUUGUCUGGAAAAUGUGUAGUUUGAUUUAAUCUGUGACAAAGUAAUUUAUUAUGUUCUGUUAUGGUGUUCUGUUAUGUGUAUAAUAGACUGACACUAUUUAAGCAUA